ACUAAAGGCGGUGUGUACAUAGGAAGUGUUUUAAGCAGGUCUUGUGAUACUUCAUUCUGUUCCUGUUUUUUGAAAGCAUUUCAAUCAGGUUUGCAAAGACAGUUCCAGCUCACCUGCUGCAGCAAAGGGAGACACCAACACUGGGAACAGUUUGAAAAGAUACGCCUUCAUAAAAAAUAAUGCAUCUUCUAAGCUUUGGCCUCCUCCUGGCCUUGUAUAUGUUAAGCACUGCCUUGGACAAUGGCUUAGUGAAGACACCACCAAUGGGCUGGAUGACAUGGGAGCGAUACAGAUGCAACAUAGACUGCAAAAAUGAUCCAGAUAACUGUAUCAGUGAAAACUUAAUCAAAGCUAUGGCUGACAAGAUGGCCAAUGGAGGCUGGCGGGAGCUUGGAUAUGUCUAUCUGUCUAUUGAUGAUUGCUGGGCUAAGAAGCAAAGAGAUCCUAAUGGGAGACUCGAGCCUGAUCCAGACAGGUUUCCCAGUGGUAUAAAAGCCCUUGCGGAUUAUGUGCAUUCCCGAGGGCUAAAGCUGGGCAUUUACAGUGACAUGGGCAACUAUACGUGCGGUGGCUACCCUGGAACUACUCUGGAUACUAUCAAGAUUGAUGCCGACACAUUUGCUUCAUGGGAAGUAGACAUGUUGAAAUUUGAUGGAUGUUACUCAAACGACACAGAAAAAGCAAUAGGCUAUCCUAAAAUGAGUUCUGCUUUAAAUGCAACAGGAAGACCAAUCUUGUACUCCUGUAGUUGGCCGGCUUAUGAAGGAGGUCUCCCACCCAAGGUGAACUACACUUUGCUCGGCGGUAUUUGCAACAUGUGGAGGAAUUAUGAUGAUAUUCAGGAUUCUUGGGCCAGUGUUGUUAAUAUAAUUCAAUGGUUUGCAGCCAAUCAGGAUGCAUUGCAGCCAGUUGCAGGCCCUGGCCAUUGGAAUGACCCAGACAUGCUCAUCACUGGUGACUAUGGGCUGAGUUAUGAACAAUCUAAAGCACAGUUGGCCAUCUGGGCCAUUAUGGCAGCACCACUUAUUAUGUCUAAUGACUUAAGGACAAUCUCAGAAGAAGCCAAGGACCUCUUACAAAAUCGUCUCCUGAUUUAUAUUAAUCAAGAUUCUCUUGGAAUUCAGGGGAGACAGGUCAUGAAGGCCGGUUGUCUAAGUGUGUGGAAGAGACAACUCGUCAAUGAUCAGUAUGCUGUGGCAGUGCUUAAUACAGGAAAUGAUGGGCUUCCCACACCCUUCAGUACAAGCCUUGGUUUUCUCAACAUCACAGAGUACUCUGCAGGCUAUAAACUGUACGAUGUUUUUAAUAGAGAGUAUGUGGGGCUCUUUAAACCAAUCAGCCCAAUUAACCUGAAAAUUAAUCCAUCUGGUGUUGUUAUGCUAUUCAUUCAGCCAGCCACCGUAGCUCCUCAGAGGUCAUAUUUUGGCUUACUCUAGCUACCUAAAGCUCCAAUUAAAAUGCAUUAUUUGCGAGUGUAUGAUAUUGCUGUAUCUCACGACAUUUGCUUAGUGCAGGUAUUAAGAGGUUUUGGGCAAGAUUUGUGCCAAUCAUAUUGCAAUCACUGGAUUGUGAGGGGUUGAUGGUCAGAAACCUCAUAGAUGUUAUGGUAAUAUGUGCAAUUAUUACUGUGGCCUUCCACAAAGACUUGAUUCAGGGAUGCCUUUACAAUAUUUUAUGUUUGUUCCUGAGAAACUUGUUUUUGAUAAUGAUACUUGAAAAUCAUGUUUAUAAUACAUUUGCUAUCACUAAUUCUGUAUUUUUAAAGUUUCAAAAUCAGAUAAAAAAAAUGUUGUUUGCCUUUUUGGAAGUUUAAGAAUGUUCACAACUGCUGUUAAUCGAACAAUGACUUCUGUUGCUCUUAGCAGAACAAUGGGAAAUGACUGUCUACUGUAGAUCACAAUGGCCUUGGUGAGUCUUAAAAGUCUAGUUCGGGGUUUUCAAACUCAUACGGCUCUUUAGCAUUGAUAGAAAACACACAGUACAUGUUCUCAGAGUUCUGCAACAAGGAACCUCAUCAGUCAUUAAUCCUUAAUGAUGUGUGAAUUUAGCAACCUGAUAUCUCUAUGAAAGUUUCACAGUGGUAAAAACAAUAGGAGGUGUGAAUGUGGGUAGGACAGAUUAAAUGGUUGCAAGGGUUUGAAGCUAUACAACUCUGGGCUAUGUUGCUCCUAUCACAACACCAUUUGCACUAUGAAGCCUCAUGGGGUGAAUAUGCAGCCAGCCAUAUCCAGUGUAGAUAAACUUCUGUUUUCAUGCAUUCACAUGUUCACAAACUCAAACUUCAUAUACCCUAUCUGGCUAAUGUGCUGUUUGUUUGAAAUCCCUGGUCUAGGUUUUACAGGCAGUUGGCUUGGUAGGUAUACAGUUAGAGUGAGAUUUUUAUUUUACUUUAAUCGCUUUGGUUUACUCAAGGUUAAAGAUGUUUUGGAAACCAAUCCAUCAAUGUAAUUGAAAUAUGGAAAAUAGUUCUAUGAUUACAUUGAAGCUGUUUGCUUCAAUCGUAGAACUAUUUUCCUUUAAAACCUACAUCCAACCAUGAUAUUAAAUAUGACAUGAUAUCUGCAGGUAUUAAACUGGCAAGAUCAUAUCAUGAUUUUUAGUACGUGGGUGGCCAAAAUGUAGAUCCCCAGCUAUUGUAGAACUACAGCAAAGCAGGGUUUUUGUUUUGUUUGUUUGUUUGUUUUUAGUUAAACAAUACCUGGGAAUUAUAAGUUGGCCAUUCGUGUUUUAGCAAAUAAUCAAAAUCCGAGCAGAUGAUAAAAGAGAAACUUCAAAUACCAAAUGAUGUUAAAGGUAAGGGAAUGGGGUCUGGGCACCAGAGCUUUAACGGAAAACAUCAGGGAAUGCAUACCUUUCUGUCUUUCUUUGUAAAUUGCACUAAACUGAUGUAUCUAUUUUUCUAUAUUAUUCUGUAUAUUUCAUUGAAAAACGAAUACUAUAUUCUCUAGAGUUACUUAUGUGGAUUGUUGGAAUAAAAUUAUCUUCCUUUGGCAUUA